AUGGAGGGGGGCAGUAGUAGCAAAGAAGCCUUAUUGUUGUUGGUCGAGGAACUCUUGAAGAUGGGCGCUCUCUGUUAUGAACGACAGCACUACAAAAAGGCAAGGGAGAAUUUUGAGAGUGCGUUGGAGAUACAAAGAAAAUAUUUGGAUGAAGAUGACCUUGCUGUGGCCGACACACUCAAUGACAUUGGGAAUGUGCUGAUGUGGGAAGGAAAACUGGAUGAAGCUUUAGAGAAACUCAACACAGCACUGCCGAUACGUGUGAAAAAAUUGGGAAACCACCGUGACACGGCGCAAACAUCCAUAAUGAUUGGCAAUAUUCUUGAAGUACAAGGCAAUUACGAAAAAGGCGAAGAAAUGUUCCGGAAAGGUCUGGAUAUCAAGUGCGAAAUCCUGCCAAAUGACCAUGAUGAAGUCACGGAAAUGUACCAAAGUAUAGCGUUGUCAUUGAAAAAACAAGGCAAGUUUUCGGAAGCAACCAAGAUGCUCAAGGUCCAACUUGCAAAGCUACUAGAUAUGCAUGGGGAAUACCACCGUGGCGUUGUACUUGUAUACGAUGGUAUUGCAGAGCUGCUGGCACUUCAAAAUAGGCCUGACGAUGCUCUUCAGAUGCUUGAUAGAGGCAUUGAGAUUUGCAACCGAUUAACACCGCUGGGAGACCCCGACACCAAGAAGACAUUGGAAGUAACUCUUACCAGUAAAGCAGACAUACUUCUCGAACAGGGUAACUUCGAAGCUACCACAGAGGUGCUCAACAAGUUGUUAGGGAUAAAAGUGGAAACGGAUCCCACAUUAUUCCAGACCUAUGAACAGCUUGCAACGGUAUACGGCCGACGAGGAAUGAUAGAAGAUGCCAGGAAGGCAUUAAAGGCUGCCAUCGACAUUCUUCGAAAGGGGGGUGGCCAUGAUCAUCCCAUCGCACAAAGGCUUGCGCGCAACCUCGCACAGUUAGACCUUGAGAAAAUGCCGAGAGCACUGAAUGAACAGGGAUUGGCAAUGAAAGCAGAAGGCGAGUCGGAAAAGGCUGUACAACUCUUCCAACAGGCACUUGAUAGCUACAUGGAAAUCGCUGUUGCAAAUCCCAGCAAUAUAGCAGAAGUGUACGAGAAUCUUUCGGCUGUGAAAGUCGAACAGGGGUUUCUGGAGGAUGCCCUUGUGGCGAGUUCAAACGGACUCAAGAUUCGUCGAAGAACGCUUGGCGACGAUCAUGUUGACACGAAGCGACGAAUGGAAGCGCAUAGAUCUUUGCUGAUACGUCACUUGGAGAAUCGGAGCUAA